AUGGGGAACGGCUCCAUGAAGUCAAAACGUUACAAACAGGCGGACGCCUCCAACGGCCGAGCGCACAAGGAUCCCGGCGGCGGCUACACCAUCUCGUCCCUUGAGUCCCUGAGGGCCCGGGUGGAGGAGCUGGAGCGGGAGGGCAAGAGGAAGGAUGAGGAGCUCUGUGCCAGGGAGCAGCAGGUCAGAGGUCAGCAGGAGCAGCUGGCCAAGCAGAGCCGAGCGCUGGCCGAGCUGAGCGAGGAGCUGCAGAGCAAGAGCCUCCAGAUCAACAAGCUCCAGGACCUGCUGAAGGGUCCGGGCGGCCCCUCUGGGAGCCUGGCGUCACGGCCUCCCUCCAUCAGAACCUGCGCCAAGAACAGUCCCAACCUCGGGGUCCGCAUCAAGGAGACCCUCAACAGGAGGAAAGGGGCCAAAGCCGGGGUGUCGGCCGAGCCCACGUCCAGGACCUACGACUCCAGCAGCCUGCCCAAGUUCUCCUUCGAGAACGCCCGGGUACCCAAGGAUGCAAGUGUGAAGAAGCUUCUGACAGACGCCCUGAACAAGAACCAGUACCUGAAGCGGCUGGAGCUGCAGCAGCUCAAAGACAUGGUGGAGUGCAUGUACGAGCGCACCUACCAGCAGGGGGAGUCCGUCAUCACGCAGGGAGAGCACGGCAACCAUCUGUUUGUCCUGGCAGACGGGAAGCUGGACGUGUUUCAGCACAGCAAGCUGCUCACAUCGAUCGCCGUGUGGACCACUUUCGGGGAAUUAGCCAUCCUGUACAACUGCACCCGGACGGCUUCAGUGCGAGCCGUGAACAAAGUGCGGACGUGGGCUUUGGACCGGGAGGUGUUCCAGAACAUCAUGAGGAGGACGGCGGAGACGCGACAGGAGCAACAUCGCAACUUCCUGCGAAGCGUUUCGCUCUUGGCCAAUCUACCGGAGGACAAGCUCAGCAGAAUGGUGGACUGCCUGGAGGUGGAGUACUAUGACAAGGGGGAGUACGUGAUCCGGGAGGGAGAGGAGGGAAGCACCUUCUACAUCAUCGCCCAGGGGAAGGUGAAGGUGACCCAGACCACCGAGGCCCACAAGCUGCCGCAGACCAUCAACACGCUGCACAAGGGCGAGUACUUCGGAGAGAAAGCACUCAUCAGUGAUGACGUCCGGUCGGCGAAUAUCGUGGCUGAAGAGAACGGAGUGGAAUGUCUCGUCAUCGACAGAGAGACAUUUGAUCAGACGGUGGGCACCUUCAACGAGCUGCAGAAGUACCUCCAAGGCUACGUGGCAACGCUGGAUCGCGACGACAAGAAGAGACAUGCCAGGUAGUCGCUGUCACGCCACCAGAGUCAGCCGCUGCCUCCUGAUGUCGUCCAGCUGAGGGACAUGGUGUCGCUGUUCCCUCCGUCCAGGCCCUUCGACCACCUGGACGCCAUCGCCACGCUCGGCGUCGGUGGCUUCGGACGAGUAGAACUGGUGAAGGUGAAGGGCAAAGACAUCACCUUCGCCCUGAAGGUCAUCAAGAAGAAGCACGUGGUGGACAACAGACAGGAAGAGCACAUCCACUCGGAGAGGAAGAUCCUGGCCGAGGCGCGCUCGCCCUUCGUCGUCAAAUUGUAUCGUACGUUCAAGGAUAACAGAUACGUGUACAUGCUGCUGGAGGCCUGUCUGGGAGGAGAGAUCUGGAGUCUGCUCAGAGACAGGGGGAGCUUUGACGAGCCGAUCGCCAAGUUCUGUGUGGGUUGCGUCACGGAGGCUUUCGACUACCUCCACCGCAAAGGAGUCCUCUACCGAGACCUGAAGCCAGAGAACCUCAUGCUGGACACGGAGGGAUACAUCAAACUGGUUGACUUUGGGUUUGCCAAGAAGAUCCGAUGUGGCCAGAAGACCUGGACGUUCUGUGGGACCCCGGAGUACGUGGCCCCGGAGAUCAUCCUCAACAAGGGCCACAACUUUAGCGUGGACUUCUGGUCUCUGGGCAUCCUGGUGUUCGAGCUCCUGACCGGCAGUCCUCCGUUCUCCGGGAGCGACCAGAUGAUGACGUACACGUUCAUCCUGAAAGGCAUCGAGAAAAUGGACUUCCCCAAGAAGGUCAGCAAGAGACCUGAGGACCUCAUACGCAAGUUGUGCAGGCGAAAUCCCUCCGAGCGACUGGGCAACCUGAAGAAUGGAAUAACAGACAUCAAGAAACACAGGUGGUUUAAUGGUUUCAACUGGGAAGGACUGAAGGCGAGGACUCUGUUGUCUCCACUGAAGAGAGAGGUCAGCGGGCCGACAGAUCACAGCUACUUCGACAGUUACCCUGCGGAUGAGGACAGCCCCCCCGAGGAGCUGUCCGGUUGGGACAUGGACUUCUAG